UGCUUUAGGACUUGCUCAAUUUAGAAGCUGAACUCAAAGCCUCAUCACCACUUGCAUUAAAUGAACUUGGCUAGUCCCCUGAUCUCUGCUGAAAUGGCUGCAGCAAACUUUACUUUGGAUUCCACUGGAGCCCCUCUAAACGAGAGCAGCUGCGAUGUGUUUGUCUACCAGAGGGCUGCAUCAGUCAUCUACCCUAUUUUCUACUCAGUAGUUUUUGUCAUCAGUGUUUGUGGGAACUGCCUGGUUCUCUGUGUCAUCUGCCAACGGAAGCAGAAGUUUAACUCCACGUCAAUCUAUUUGGUGAAUCUUGCGCUAUCUGACGCACUGUUCACACUGGCCCUGCCAGGUAGAAUUACUUAUUACAUUCGUCAGUUCGACUGGCCUUUUGGUGAUCUCUUCUGCCGACUCACCACACUUCUGUUUUUUACAAAUACAUAUGCAGGCAUUGGCUUCAUGACCUGCAUCAGCUUGGACAGAUAUCUUGCCAUGGUGCAUCCUCAUCGACAGCAGUGCUUACGUAGUGCUAAAGUUGUACGCAGGGUCUGCUGCCUGGUCUGGUUCCUAAUUUCCCUGGAGGUCUCGCCACUGUUAUUUCGCAGCACGCUGCAUGUGAGAGAAGAUAAGCGAACCUGUAUGGAGUAUUUGAACUUUGACGGUUCCCGCUUCACCCCUUACCUUUUAAUUCUGGCAUGCUUCAUCUCUUUCUUCUGCCCUCUCACGAUAAUAAUGGCCUGCUACGCAAGGAUCAACCUGAAACUCAGAGAUGCAGCCAAGAAGAACUCUGUGACUGGCCGAACAAGCCGAAACCAUAGGGCCAACACAAUCAUUCUCCUCAUUCUUCUUACCUUUGUCCUCUGCUUCAGCCCCUACCACCUUAACAUAAUGCAGUUUAUGUUCAGAAAGAUCAACCAUAAGCCCACUUGUGAAGAACUAAGAGACUUUAAGAUGUCCUUGCAGAUUACGGUCUCAUUGAUGAAUGUUAACUGCUGCCUGGAUCCAGUCAUCUACUUCUUUGCCAUAAAGACAUACAAGAAGAGAGUGAUGAGCCUGUUUAAGGACUAUCUGUACACUUCCGCUGCCUCCUCCAAAGUGACAGCUGAGAAUAGCAGCAGCAACACCUGAUCCAAACCACAGAGAAGACGUAGUUUGACAAGUUAAAGAAAACAUGUUUUCCUCUUGAUGAGCCUGUUUCUUAAAAAGACUUGUGAGUCUUUGGUGGUGGACUUUAUUAUGUUUAGGCAAUAAUGGUUUCAGCUUAUCUGCAUUUGCCUCACCAAAGAUUAUGAGGAGUUUUAGUACGUUGUGAUCAAAGAUAUUGUAAAGAUAUUUUUUCAGCUCAAGUUGCAUAUAUAUGUAUUUUCUUGUUGCUACUUUCUACCUUGGUAUAUUAUGAUGAAUACAAAAGUAAUAUUGUAAUCAUAGUGAAAAUAUGUAAAAAUGUUAGUUUACUGUGUUUGUGUGUUGAAACAGUUGUGCAGAGGGAAUUUAAUGCAAUUUCCUGCAAACAUAAAUACAGUAAUGGGAUUUUUUUUUUCAUAUAGUAGCAGUAUUUUUGGUGACUUAUUCUCUAAAAAAAUAACAGAGAAAAAAUUCCCAAAUGUGAGAUGUGUUAAAAUCAGGAACAAUGUGCAUUUCAACUCCCACACAAUGGCAAAUCUAACAAUAUGUGUUAAAUUUGCCAAAUUGAGAACAUGUUACAUUUUCUCUUUGCCACCCACAUUUAUCUUCUGCGUAGGAGUACAGAGAAUCAAAUCACCACUUCCUCACCCACCUUUCCUGCUCCCCCUUCAUGGGCCUCAAUCCUGCUGCCUUCCAAAUCUUGUGGUAAGGCUUUGGGGUGUAUGUGGGUCUAACAAAUGUGCACAGGUGUAGUAUUUCUUUUAAUCUAGUCCCCAUGUUUAAAUUUAACUUUUAACACUUCCUGACUUUUUAGAAAAGCAGCCCAAUCGGUCUCUAUAAAACCAUGUGCAGAAAUUGUGAAAUAUGCAAAGAUUGAAGUAGUUAUUGUGCAAUUGAGUCAUAUGAAAAAAAAGAAUGAGAUGUACAGAUAUGUUUUGAGUCUAUAUAUGAUACAUUCACAACUGGUGAAUAUAUUAUGUAAUACCAAUACAUUAGUGUUUUGUAGAAAAAUUUCUAAAUUUGUGCAGAUCAAUCCAAACAAAAGUUCUGGCUGUUUUUUAUUCAUUAUUACCUAUUUUACCCAGUAAUUAUUUUAAACAGCUUUCUCAUACUGCAAAACAUGAUAAAUUAUCAGCACAAGGGCAAUGCAUUAGACAAAAAUGAUAAUAUAAUUUCUCACAGAAGCUGACGGAUCAUUCCAAACAAUUAGGAAUUGAAACAGGUACUAACAAAAUGGCAACAUUAUUUUUCUUCAUAUGUACUGAGAGAUGAAGACUGAACUGCAUCAUUUCAGUAGCAGUAUGUAAAAUACAAAACUGGUUCAAUACAGUUCCUUGAAGAUGAUCCAUCUAAGUAAUGUAGUAUUACAUUAAACAACCCUUCAAAGCUACAGUUUAUUCUCAGAAAAAUAUCUGAAAAAAGUUUCCACCAUUUAUGGAGUUAAACACUUUUCUCCUGUUGGUGGAAUUAUUUAAAAAUGUAAAUGGGGUACUGUCAUAGCUCAUGCCCUACUUGACACACAUUCAGUUCAUCUAAACAAUUUGACAGAGUUUGUUUGGAGAUUUUUUUAGCCUGACUUCAGUAAGCAAAGUCAGAAUUUCUGAUGAUUACACUGCCAUGCAACAAUAUCUGUAGUCAUUGAAGCAACAAAAGAAUGUGUUGGUACAAUGACAGGAUGAAGAGAGAUUCUGGUCACAUGUAAAUACAUUUUGGACCAUGGAAAAAAACAUUGAUAAAACAAUAUUCGUAAAGAAAAAACAUCCAUAAGCAGGCACAGGUUAUUACAGUGAGACAACAGACAAUCUUUUUACAAUUAAACCAAAUAAAAAGUGACUUAACUCAAAUAUUAUAGCAUGCUUAAAAAAAAAACAUGUGUCAAAAGAUCCUGGAAAGAGACAUAUGGGGGAUUUUUAUCUCUCUUGAAUUUCAUAAAACAUAACCUAACAUAAGGCUUUGUUAUGUUCUAUUUUC